AUGCCGUCAUCCGUGGUUCUCCCGACUCAGCCCUUCGUCGGCUCCCUCUUUCCGCCCAGGAGGGCGAUAUUCCUCCGUUCCACCUCCCAGGACACUCUCGGGACGCUGAUUCACCGCAUUCCGAGUCAUCCCCCAUCGCUGGAUGAGCCUGUCCACCACCACGAUUCUCGCGGCGGCGGAGGGUGGGUAGUAGCUGUCCGCCAAUCAGCAGGCUCGCGUCAAUACACGCUGCUGACCGCUUCGAGCAGGAGCUGA